AUGCGCGAUCGCGCGGCGGGGAGGGUCAAUAUCUGGCAUGUGUCGCCGGAGCCCCCGAAGAGACUUGAAGACAGGUUUGAAGUGGGGGCGGAUGAGAGGAAGAAGAAGGAGAGGAAGAGGAAGAGGAAGGAGGAGAGGCGUUUGAAGAGGGAGGCGAAGAGGGCGCGGAAGUUGCAGGCUGCGGGUGGGGUAGUGAAGGACGAGGGGAAAGUAGGAGUGGGUGAGGAAGGUGCAUGGGGGAGUAAAGCGGAGGAGCUGGGGAAGGGAGAGGAGAACCGUUCGAUUGGAAUUGUGAUGGAUGGGAGUGAAGAGGAGGAGGAUGAGAUUAUUGGGCCGGCACUGCCGACUGCGAGUAAGGAUGUCGCGAAGAGCGUCGACUACGGGAAGGCGUUGCGGCCAGGAGAGGGAUCUAAGAUGGCGGCGUUUGUGCAAGAUGGGGCGAGGAUUCCUCGCCGUGGAGAAAUCGGGCUGACUAGCGAGCAGAUUGAGUCCUUCGAGCAUCAUGGAUAUGUCAUGAGUGGGAGCAGGAACAGGAGGAUGGAGGCUGUACGCCUCCGGAAGGAGAAUCAGAUUUACUCGGCAGAGGAACUGGCAGCUUUGAGCCAGUUCAACGUUGAGGAGAAGAAGCUUAGAGAAGAAAAGGUGUUGAACCAGUUCCGACUGCUAGUGGACUCCAAGGUCGGAGGCGGCGCGAGUGGCAAGCCACGCGAGUGA